AUGGAAAAGGAAUUAGAUAUGGAUAGAGUCGAAGGCAGUGCGGUGGCUGCAGCCGACACCAUUUCCGCGCCGUGGACUCCCACGAGUUCCGGGCCGCCGCCCGACGCGAACGGCUCCGGCUCGGAUUCCAAGAACCUCGACGUUGGCGAAAUUAGCGAUGACGAGAAGGACCUGUCGGCAGCGGACGCGGAGGGUGUAUGGUCGCCGGAUAUCGAGCAGAGCUUCCAGGAAGCUCUCACUAUAUAUCCGCCAUGCGGCCGUCGCAAAAUCAUCCUGUCCGACGAAGGGAAGAUGUACGACGACCGAGCGACAAAGAGACGAGGCAACGAGUGUGAAAUAAUUACGAAAAUCGAUGGAACUGCGUAUUUAGAAACAAGAAGUCACGUCGAGCUUUCUCGCCUUCUGGUAGCCGUAGGAAAAAUAUCGUCGCCGGGAAGUACUCGCACGGACCUUUGGCCUGUUCCGUGUGCUUCACGUGCCUCGGUUCGGCCUCCGUGUAGUAGAAACGUCCGAGCGGACGUCGUUAUUGCUCGAUGCUGAGGUCAGUCUACGUGACCGAGCAGAUAUUGCUUGCGACGACCACGGGUACCGCCGUAGUCGUCACCAUUAACCACCAUGAGUCCACCACCGAGGCAAUAAUGCCACGCCUCGAAAGGUACCCCCGACCUCUUCGCCCCGACGCGCUCCUCCAACCAUUUUCCCUCCACCCUCGUUCGACCUCUCACUCGCUCUUUAAAUAAUUCUCUGUCACUCUGAUCGAAAUAAUUGAAACUACGUGAAAGUCGAUACUUCAAAACUGACACCUCCUCUAUUUCUCUGGAUUAAAUCAUUAAAGUUCGAUUCUCAAAUUCAAGGAGGUUGGCUACUGGAAUGAAUAUGAUAAAAUCGUUUUGAAAAUUAUUUUAAUCUACUAGUAGAAGCAUGAAAAAUAUUGUGUGAAAGUUUCAGAACGAUUGACAACGUAGUUUGUAAAUAAAUCUAUGUCAAACUUAUAUCCUUAUACACGUGCUCUUAUGGGAG